AUGGAGAACUGUUCAUCUGAAAGUUCCGCAGACGAAGAAGAAGUGUUCAGAAAUUUUUAUGAAGAAGCCGUACUGAUUGUGCAAAGUGAAAUUCUGCCAAAAAAGUCUAGUGAUCGACAUCCAAUUGGAAGGCAUAAAAUUGGCGAAGUACCCGAAAAGAUUGCUUCCUAUCUAUCGCUUCCAAAUCCAAAAAGAUACACUGGCCAUUGCUUUCGCAGAACAUCAGCGACUCUGCUUUCUGAUUCUGGUGCAAAUAUGCAGAUGAUAAAGCAGCUAGGGAGGUGGCGUUCGGAUAUGAUUGCCCAAGGUUACAUAGAAAAUUCUAUGCAUAACAGACAAUUAAUUUAUGACGAUAUUAUUCAAAAAGAUACAAGUGCUCUUUCAAAACCAUCGACUAGUACGCUAGUGACAAUACAAUACAAUACAAAGUGGAUUUAUAGAAAGUGGUUUUACUACUGCAAAUCAAAAUCAAAUACUAAUACCAGUCGCUAAAAAGAACAAAUCAGUAAAGGACAGUAGUAAUUUGUUUUUUCACAAACCAAGUGUGAAAUUAAAUUUUGCAAAUCAGCCAACUAUACACUUAAUUGUUCAACCAACCGUUAUAUCAACAGUUCAACCAACGAUUCAACCAACUGUUCAGCCAUCAGCGUCAAAAAAAGAAAAAAUAAUGAAAAUUCCGACAAUCAAAAUCACCCUGAUCAGCCACCUACUCAUAAAGAAAAAAAAUAAUCCAGUUGAUAAUUCAAGAUUUGACAAUUGCACUUUUAAUAAUUGUACUUUUAAUAUCUCUUCAUGUGUUUGCAGUAAAGAAAAUAAGUCAUAAAC